CUUUUCUUCUCUUCACUACACUCACACGAACCCACUUCCCACUCUCACUUUCUCUUGCAAAUUUAAUCCAAAUCAUGUCCUAUUUUUUUCAAAACAAACAAUUCCAAUAUGUUUGAUUUCUUGUUUGGCUGGAGAAAAGCUUCUAAAUGCAAGAAGCUUAUCAAGAAAGUUCGAUGCAGACUCGAGCUGUUAAAGAUCAAGAGACAUUGUAUUGUACGACAGUUACGAAUAGAUGUUGCUCAGCUUAUCAAGAUUGGCUAUCAAGAUAUUGCCUUCCAUCGGGCUGAACAUCUCUUCAAAGACGAAACGACAGUUUCGGUCUAUGAAUUAUUGGAUGAUUUCUGCAAAUUCAUUAUCUCCCACCUUUCUUAUAUCAGCCGGCACAAGGAUUGUCCUAACGAUAUUAAUGAAGCAGUUUCAAGUCUUAUAUUUGCCUCUGCAAGAUGCGGCGAUCUGCCUGAGCUUCGUACCAUUCGGAAGCUUUUUGGAGAGCGUUACGGGCAGGGUUUUGCUAUGACAGCUCUUGAACUACUGCCUGGCAAUCUUGUCAACUUUCAGAUAAAGGAGAAACUCUGUAUGCAAUCAGUUCCUGAUCAUGUGAAGCACAAAUUAGUGAGUGAGAUAGCUAUGGAUUAUUGUCUCCUACCAGAGAUUUUCGCAAUCGAAUACGCUUCUGAGCUUCAGCAACAGUUAUAUGAUGAUUGCCAUCAGGAUGACAUGAUUAGUACUUCAAUUAAUUCCUCUAUAGUGGAGCAAUCUUCAUCAGACAAAAUGGAGUCUCCGGCAGGAUUACGCCAUUUGCCCGACUUUGAAGAUGUUGCUUUAGGUAAUAAAGAAAGCAAGAUUAGCAUCAGGACUCAGAAUACGGUUCCAGACAGAAAUGAAGAGCAAACAACGACAGCAUCAUCUUCAGAAAAUUUUCCUGACGAAAUGAUAGUCUACCUUGACGACAUAGAGGAGGUUCAGCUUUCUAUUGCAAAACAGGGCACCUUUCAGGAUCAAAGCAUUUUCAAAUUCAAAUCAUCUAAUAACAGGAAACGCGGGGAUAAGUGUUUUGAUUCGAAGGGUGCUCGGAAAAAACCUAGAAGGCGAUCUUUGUCUAUAGAAAAUUUGAGUGUGAAGGACAUUGAUGGUAUGAUUUAUUACGAGAAGCCAAUCAAGAAAUUGACGGAAAAUGCAUCAAAACGUCCGUAUUUAAGAGCCAUGACGAUGCCUCAAGAACGAUCUAAAGACAGUCGAAAAGAGAAUGUUUUUCGGUACUCGAAAUCAUUUCCUGCUCAGUCCCCGAAUCAUCAUGUGCAUCCAAAGUUGCCGGACUACGAUGAGCUUGCAGCGAAAUUCACAGCUCUUAAAAAAGAGCAUCUUCAGAAUAGACACUACUCAGGCAUGGAAUUGUAGAUUUGAUUGUAGGAUUUGCAAUAUUGUUCACAUUAAGUCUAGAAUGAUUUUUCAAUAUGACUUGUUGGUCCAAGGAACAA